AUGGAGAUUUCAAACCAAGGAUCAACGACGAAUGGCGGGUCUGAGGGAUGGUCACCAGAUUCGUGGAGAUCAAAGCCUAUCAAGCAGGUUGUCACAUAUGAGGAUCAGGCAGCUGUGACUUCUGCUUUGACGAAGCUAUCAAGUCUACCGCCAAUUGUCACACCAACAGAGAUUGCCAGGCUUAAGGCCAGUCUGCGUGAUGCUGCCCUCGGUAAAUCGUUCUUACUCCAGGGAGGCGACUGCGCUGAGUUGUUCUCUUACUGUGCCGACAACCCAAUCGACGCCAAGAUCAAACUUCUUUUGCAGAUGAGUUUGGUCCUGAUUUGGGGUUCAAACAAGCCCGUCAUUCGCAUUGGUCGUAUUGCAGGACAGUAUGCAAAGCCCAGAUCAAGCCCUACUGAGAUGUUGGAUGGCAAGGAAAUUCCUAGUUUCCGUGGCGACAUUCUCAACGGGUACGAUCCAGAGGCUAGGAGAGUGGACCCAGAGAGACUGGUCAGCGCCUACUUCCACUCCGCGACGACACUGAAUUACAUCCGUUCACAGCUUGCAAGCGGCAUCGCUGACUUGCACAACCCAUUGGACUGGGAACUUGGUCAUGUCCGGGACGAGGAACUACAGUCAAAGUACUCGCAGAUUGUAAACAGCAUAUCUGACUCUCUUCGUUUCAUGAAGACCAUUGGUGCAGAUACUUCUGGCCAACUACAAACAGUAGACCUCUUCACCAGCCACGAAGGCCUUGUGCUAGAGUACGAACAGAGCCUCACAAGACGUCUCAAACAUCCAGCUGGCUACACACCCUCUCAGCCCUCAAACGAUGGAAAGGGGUGGUACAACACUUCUGCGCACUUCAUCUGGAUUGGAGAUCGAACACGCCAGAUUGACGGUGGCCACGUAGAAUACUUCCGAGGUAUUGAAAACCCCAUUGGUAUCAAGGUCGGGCCGUCGAUGAAGAACGAUGAGCUAGUGGAGCUGCUCAAUAUUGUCAAUCCCAAUAAAGAGAUUGGCAAGAUUACUCUAAUUACCCGCUACGGUGCAGAAAAGGUUGAGUCGAUGCUGGGUGCGCAUAUUGAGGCUGUGAAGAGCAGUGGACAUGUUGUUGUCUGGCAGUGCGACCCAAUGCACGGCAACACUCGCAGUACCCCGACCGGCAUUAAGACCCGCUCCUUCAACAGCAUCUUCUCUGAGCUUUCGUCUGCGCUCAAGAUCCAUAAGCAGCACGGCUCCUUCCUGGGUGGCAUGCAUCUUGAACUGACUGGUGAUGCGGUUACCGAGUGUACCGGAGGAAGUGAGGGUCUUGUAGACGAGGAUCUGAGCCUGAACUACACAACCUACUGCGAUCCUAGGUUGAACGAAAAACAGGCGCUGGAAUUGGCGUUCUUAGUCGCAGGGCAUUACCCAUCUAAAGGCGCAAAAGCCGCUGCCGGCUCCGCAGCUCGUAAAUACCCCUCAAGACCACCGCCAAAUACUACGACUGCAGCGCCUGCGGCUCCCGCACAGAAUGCUGCAGCUGGACCCCGUGUACAUCCUCCGCCGCAGGCCACAAGUGAGAAGACAGAAGCCGUCCUACAAGAUGCUCGCGACCCAGCCUUUGCCUCCCGUCUGAAUAGCCUCGGCGCCGUACAACCGAAUCCGCAUUUUUCGCUGUCGUCAACGUCGCAGUUUGAUCCUCGCCGCAAUGCCUCGCCUAAUCUUCCGUCGGAUACAAUGAUGCAGGAUGCGCCGCAGUCGGCGUUUCCUGAUGCAAGGAAUAAUCCUGUGCUGCGCGUGCUUGAGUCACGGCAGCAUAUCACUGAGGUGGCGGAGGACGAGCUGAGAGAGGUGGGAAGAAGGGGGUUCCAAGGAAGGCGGUAUGUGGAUGCUGGCGUGAUUACAUUGGCGUUGAUGAGGAGGGAGAAAGGGGAGCCGGAUGAGAGGAUUGAACAGAGUCUGGGGAUUAAGAAGGGGAGGCUAGGGGUGUUGGCUAAGGGGACCGUAGGCGCCGUGGCGUUGGGGUAG